AGGAGGAGCAUGGCAGUCUUGGCUGGAGCAGCAGGGAGUACAAUAUUUAUCUUUAAUAAUAGAAGAAAAUAGUUCUUCGGUGUUUGUAGAGAAAGCAAAACAGAGGAAGAGGUUUGUUAGUGAAGGAGCAGUUACUCCAUACAUGCACAGCGCCACUCUUCUGUAUGCUGGUAUUAACUAAUGAAUUGUCAGGAAAGACAUGGAAUAACCCCACCAGUGUAUGGUGUGACGGAAUUGAUGUCUAAUGGGAGUUUACCUACGGACAUUUUGCCUACGGACAUGCCAGAAGUAUCUCAUGCCAGAGACCAGCAGGAAGAAGAGCAGAUGUAUCAGCCACUGAAAGUAUACUUGAGAGUGCGACCCUUCUCUAAGGCAGAGCUUGAAAACAAUGAAAAUCAGGACUGUUUAAUUAUUGAAAACCAAGAAACAGUAACUCUUCAUGCGCCUAAAGAAUCAGUCGCGAUGAAGAACAGUGAAAAGGGAAUUGGACAAUCUGCACAUCGGUUCACAUUCACACAGGUUUUUGGGCCAGACACAUCACAAAGUGAAUUUUUUGAAGGCACAAUGAAAGAGAUAGUAAAACCUUACAUCGAUGGAGUAAAUGGGCUCGUGUUUACCUAUGGUGUUACUAAUGCAGGCAAAAGCUUCACAGUUCAAGGCUGUCCAAAAGAUGGUGGUAUCCUUCCUCGUUCUCUCGAUCUGAUCUUUAACCAUGUAAGAGGAAGACAGUAUCCAAAGAUGAACUUAAAACCAUGCUUUAGUAAUCUUAUCAAGAGGCUAAAUGAUAUUCAGGUUAAGCAGGAAGAAUCCAUCAAAGUUGCACUUCUUGCUUCUUUGAAAGAGGAGACUGAAAACGCUUCAAGGUCUACAGCAACUUCGGGUGCAUCAGACUCUUCUUCUAGUACCUGUAGCUGUAACUCAUCAAGUUUUACUUUGAAUGAAUUAGAUUCUGAGGUUUUUAGCAAGUGUCAGAGAACCCUAGCAUCCAUAUGGGUUUCUUUCUUUGAAAUCUACAAUGAAUACAUCUACGACCUACUGGACUUACUGCCAGCAUCGAAAAAUCAGAAGCGUAAAGUUUUAAGGAUCUGUGAAGAUCAAGGAGGAAACUCUUAUAUAAAAGACUUAAAAUGGAUCAACAUAAAGAGUACAGAUGAGGCUUGUAAAAUUCUUAAAAUAGGGAAUAAGAACAGAAGUUUGGCAUGUACCAGGAUGAACCAGCAAUCAAGCAGAAGUCACAGUAUAUUUUCUAUUCGACUGCUCAGCUUAAGCGAUGAGAGUAUGCCACGUGUUCUUGGAGUCUCUGAACUGUCUCUGUGUGACCUGGCUGGAUCAGAACGAUGCCAUAAAGCACAGACCUUUGGAGACAGACUUAAAGAAGCAGGCAAUAUUAACAAUUCUCUUCUUAUACUUGGAAAAUGCAUUGCAGCUCUAAAGCAAAAGCAAAAUCCGAAAUUCUUCUCAAGAUUAAGGCCAGCCUACAUUCCCUUCAGAGAGAGUAAGCUAACCCGCCUGUUUCAGCCAUUCUUCUGUGGUAAAGGCAAAGCUUGCAUGAUUGUCAACAUUAACCAGUGUGCUUCUACAUAUGAUGAGACUUUGCACGUAAUGAAAUUUUCUGCUGUAGCAAAGCAAGUUAUUCAAACAUUUCAACACCAAAUCUUUGAUUAUUUCCCCCCAAAAUAUAUUGGAAGGGAAGAUAAGCCUACAGUGCACUUUGAUGACAUAUCUGCUGAUCAACUUCCAGAGGAUUCUUGUAUCUCCUCUGAAGAAGAGGAAAUAGAUAUAACCAUUAUGAGCCAUGAGGAUCUUUUGAAAACAACAGAGAUCCUGAAGGGCAAGCUGAUUGCAGAGAGACAAGGCAAGCUACUUCUUGAGGUGCAAAUACGCAAAGAGAUGGCUGAAGCAAUGUUUCAGCAAUUGAUGGAAACGGAAGAAGCCUGGAGUAAGCGCUUAGAAGAUCUGAAAGAAAGCUAUGAAGAAAAACUGGAGAGUAAAUUUGAAAUGUACAAGGAAGCCAUAAAGAAACACGCAUAUAUGUGUGCAAUGGAACAAAUUGAAGAGCAUUAUGUUCCGAUAGAAGAGUUCAUAGCUGAACAAGCAAAGGUUGAGGACAGAGAGAUGAAAAUACUACAGUUGAAAGUAAAACUUGGAGAACACAAUGCCUUGCCUUUGGAAAGUCCCAAUUCUGACUUUACAGAAAGGAAAAUUAAUCCAGAUAUUAAAUGCAAUUCUUCAGAUGCUUCACAGAGACAGUGUGAUGAGAGAGAUGAGCUAAUAAAAUCAUUGAAGUUACAAAUAGAGAAAUUAAAUGAAAUGUUGCAAAACUCCAAUGAAGUUUGCAGAAAAGUAGUGGAGGAGAAUAAUCGACUGAAGCAUAUGAUGCUGCUUAAGGAACAAGAAGUCAAAGGCCUUCAAAACUGGGCUAAACGUGGCCAUGAGCUUGAAACCACAGUCUCUUUUUUACAAGAGGAGUUGGAUGAAAGCAAAAAACUCCUAAGUGCAGAUCUCAAGUAUCAGAAAUCCAAGAAGGGCUUUUUUGCAAAUCUGAAAUAUACUGUAGCAGACAUUCCUAAAACACUCAAAGAUCUAGAAAAACCUGAGGCAUCUACAUGCUCUCACAAGUGAUGUCAGCAGCACAUAAAAUAAAGUCAUAACUUCCGGGAGAAGGUUAAUGCAGCUACUGAAUUAGUCAAGGCACUGAAUUGGUGGGUGAUCAGAAGGCAAAAGCACUGAAGGCAACCUAAAUAUUUCUCUACUUUGAAAGGAUUUGUGCUCCUUUAAAUCCUGUGAUUGAAUUGCUUUCCUUGUGUGAAGGAGUUCGAUGGAAAUGUGUAAACCAGUUAUUUUAUGCACUUGCUAAUAAAAAUGUUUACCAAUACUUGAACAGUGAUAGUAUGUAAACACUUACCUAAGAAAGCACAAACUUAUUUAAAGCAGUAUGCCAACAAGGAAAGCUUUUAACAUAUUU